AUGUCAUCAAAGCAUGUAUUCACUGAGGAAAUGGUUGGUUUUGAUCCAGGUCGUGAAGAGAAGAAGAUAUCUUCAACCCAGUAUGGAAUGUGUGGUUCUGUGUCUGGGCUGGUAACUCGGCUGGUGGUUCAACCGUUCGAUGUCCUUAAAAUACGAUUUCAACUUCAGAUUGAACCUACAUCCAAGGUGAUGAAUUAUUUCAUGAAGGCUAAGUAAGUUUCUGUUAGUUUUAUUCCAAGAAAGUGGCCAUACCAAAGAUCUGAGCAAGCUCAUCUUCCUGUUGCAUCAGGCCAUCAGCUAUGUGAUACCUCAAGUGGCCCAAGCUCCUAUGAGGAACCAUUUGUGUUAAAAAUUUAAAUCGUCAGUGAUAAUACUCAAUCGUUAGUGCCAAUUAUAAAUUGUAAAUGCAAAUCAAUUUAUUUUCCGUUCUUAAAUGGUCAGUUGCUAGUGCAGAACCUCAAUCGCUUGUGUUGUUGCACCAAACGCCGUUGUUUGACCUCAAUCAAAAGCGCUAAUAAUAAAUCGCUUGUGUUCCGAGGCAGAUCGAAAGCGCUAAACAUCAAUCAUAGGUUUUUGGCCAAAUUCUCAAUAACAAAAUACCACGCCUUACCUCCAAGUGCAUCGCUUGUGGUCUGAAAGUUAACUAUGUUGAAACGAGGCCACUCAAGCGAGUUAUCCAUUUCUAGGUUUCCUACUCCUAAGAGAGGCUGGAGCUUGGGCUGCCUGUGGGAUUUUUCGCUUCUCGGAUCGGGCGUGUGCAGCGUUGUCUUUCACUUAUGUAGUAAACUUAUACCCCAUUCACACCAGCAAAACAUGUUUUGUUAAACUGGUUUUCAUUGAAUGAAAAUUAGAAACAGAGAACUGAAAAACUUGAUUUUCCAUUGGGUUCAAGUACUUGCUAACUUGCAUUUCCAAUGUGCUACAUUCAAGUCAAAAAUAUUCGGCUAAAUAGUUUCUAUGAAGAAAAAAAAAAUUAAACUGUGUUUAACAAAACAACUUUUAAACAUGUUUAAGCUUUGGUGUGAAUGGGGCACUAGAAAUAGGUAACUUGCUAAAAUGGGUUAUUUUCAACAUAGUAAGCGGUCAGGCAACAAGGGAUGCAUUAUGGAAGUAAGGUGAGGUGUUUUUAUUGAGAAUUUUGAAUGUCACUACUGUAAAAUGAAUGUUUAUCUCUGUUUUAUCUCUGUGAUAGAAAAUAACCACAGGUAAAUACUCAGGAAUAUGGCAAGCAUUCAAACUUAUUUAUAAAGAGGAGGGAUUUACUUCACUUUGGUAAGCAAAUUGCCAGUAUGCAUUCUCAAGUUAAAAAUGUUAAUUGUGUUUAUGUUGUGGUUCAGUUUUCUCCUUGGUUUGAGCCAUAAUUUUUUUGUCUCAAACUCAUCAUUGUACAUUAAACACACCUGAAAGUAACUGAGGAAAAUAUAAUUUGGAAAUGUUCCAUGGAUAAAAUUGAGUAGCAUAUAGAGUUUUAGAAGAGCUAUGUUUGAAAAGUAAGAACAUAUCAAUAAUUACCCUAUAACAAUAGUAGUCAUCUGUCUGUCUUCAAAAGACGAUGGAGUAGUGUUAGUUGGAUUUGAUGCGCAUCUUUAUGAGUGGCUAUAGAGGUGUGACAUGUGAAAACAGACACUUGCUGAGGUGUUGCUGAUAAAUGCCUUCCUCCUGUGUCUCGUUUAAGUGAAAUGUUCAGUCCUCGUCUUCUCAGCUUCAAGUAUACCUUGCUGUAUAACAUACAUGAAUUCAGUAAUGAACGGUUAUCUAUUUAAAUUGUAACAGGAAAGGGCAUGUUCCUGCUCAAGCUCUAUCAGUUGUUUAUGGAUAUGUUCAGGUUAGCUUUAACCAAUAUUCUUUAACAAGUUUUUUUACUAGUAAAUAAGAAUACUAAAAGUUUAUUGUGAUGUUCUUUUUCUUUUUAAUCCAGUUCACUGCUUUUGAAGCCAUUACAGAGGUUAUGUGGAGAGUAAAUCCUAGAUGUACAGAUCAGAAAUGGAAACCAGGUUAAAUUUUUUUGUGCUUUUCUUAAAACUCUUAGAAUUCCUAAGGCGUUCUUAUGAUAAAGGUAUAAUUUACAUCACAUCAUCAGUUUGUUUGUUAUUCCAAGUUACCAACUACAAUGGUAAGCAAGCUAUGCACUGGUUUAAUUGAACAUAUCUUUGUUUAUUUUAUUUUUUUUUACAAUACAGUGACACAUUUUGUAUGUGGAGGGCUUGCUGGAUGUCUUUCAUCAACAGUAGCACAACCUUUAGAUGUUUUACGAACAAGGCUUGUGGCACAAGGAGAACCUAAAGUAACAAAUAUUUCCAUUUUUUCUUGUCUAUUUUCUUCAUGAUCACACCCUUUAAAUCAGCUUCAUAAUGGCCAACUAUUUGCUGUUUGCCUGUGGUCGUUUUCACCCUUUUGAACAUUUUAAUUUUCUCCUUAUUUACCCUCUCAUUUAUCCAAAUAUAUAGGUUUACAAGAAUCUUGUCCAAGCUGCUAGUAAGAUGUAUGCUAAAGAGGGGAUCAGAUCAUUCUAUAAAGGUAAAAACCUCACAGGUUAUGUUGUGAUGUAUACUGUAUGAAAUAAUAUUAUAUUCACCAAGUAAACAACUGUCUUAGUCAAUAUAAUUUGACACUUAGUAGCAACUAGGAUGUAAUAUCUCCUCACAAUAUCACCCUAGAAUCACACAACAGUGUGACAAGAAUGAAGGAAAUGAUCACCAACUAAUGCUCUUGAUUGUUAGACAAAUUCUUUUUGUCAGUACCCUAUGUAACAUAUGUAGAACAGUAUGGAAGAUAUGCAAACUAACAUGGUGUACUCUCGGCCUAUCUAAUCUGAUCAUAUUAAAGUAUUACUGCAUGGCCCUUACUGUUCUUCUUUCAAUAUUUGCUACCCUAUUCUUCACACUGAUUAACACCUACAUUAUUUUUUGCUAAUUCUUAGGAAUUUGUGCUUACAAAAAGUAAAAGGAACUCUUUGAUGAAAAUCAUUUUUUAAAUCUUGUGACCAAUCUACUUCAUGGUGUAUUGAAUUGUGAGGAUAAUUUCAUUCCUAGGAAACAAAGUGUCUGGGUAUUGCCAGUCAGAAUGAUUUCCACAUGCAUUAUCAAGGUAAACGAGUUGUUUUCAUCAUAGAAUUAUCAACACUUUCUCUUUGUCUUUUCAGGACUUGUUCCUACUCUAGUGCAGAUUUUCCCUCAUGCCGGGCUUCAAUUUGGCUUUUAUUCAUUUUUCAAGACCCUUUGGGAAAUCUCAUUUGGGGUUAAGGUAUGCUGGUGUUAUUGUUGUAGAUUAGAAGUGUUUGGAUGUUCAACGAUCAAAUGUUACUUCUGCUUAUUUAGGGUAAAUACAACUUGUUUACAAUUGGUUAUGUGGAGAAUUUUCCAUGGAUGCAUACUUGGUUUUUUCUGAGCCUAUCAGGUCUUGUCUAUAAGUUUGCAAUUUUACUCAAUAGGGAUGUUCAAAAUAAAUCAGUUUGAAAAAAAAAAUUGUUUGGGGUGUUCUCUUUAGCCAUGCAGCCAGCUGUUAAUUUGCUCAGUGGAUUAAGAACCAAGAUGCUGCUUGAUAAGUAAAGAACAUCUUUAAUUAUUAUUUGAUAAUCAGACGAUUUAAGAAGUCAAAUUUAUAUCUAAUAUUAUUAUAUAUAUUUCCUUCUUGGCAUCUUCAAGUAGAAAAAAAAUUUUCUAUGCAAAUGAUCAUUAUUAUUAUUAGUGUUACAGUACCCCUCAAAAUAAUGCUAUCCAACAGAAAGUUAUUACUUUCAUGUUUAGUGUCUGAGCUAACAAAUUGUUCUGUUUGGAAGAAGUUUAUUAGUUCUUCUAAGAUGUAAAAUAUGUGUUUUACUACAGAGACAAGAUCCUUACAAAGCUACAGGGGUCAAUGAAAGUCUUGUUUGUGGAGCGUUAGCAGGAAUUUUUAGCAAAGGGACUAUUUAUCCUCUAGAUAUGGUGAAAAAGAGAUUACAGGUGUGGUGAUGUAAAUACUCAACUUUAAUUAAUGCUAGAACAUUUUAGAAGUAUGGGUGACUUUGGUUGAAUUUCAAUUUGGUUUUAUCAAAUGAGUUUAUAAUGAAAAUUUUAAUCCCCCCACCAAUGCAGCACCGUAGUUUCCUAACCCUUUUACUCCCAAGAUCUAAUAGUUAAUUCUCCCAUCUAGCAUCUACGCAUUUCCUUGUAAAUAAGUUAGAAGAAUUUGGUGUUACACUGCAGAUCAAGACAACAACUUCUAUUUAAUAAGUUUCAAUAUUCUCAUUACCUGUUUGCUGAAUAGUGUACAGAUGUCAUAGGGAGAUGUUAAUCACUUUUUCAAACUUACCUCCUUUAUUUAUUUCUGUUUACAUGUACAUGUUGUAUGGAAACUUGUGGGAAUGUUGGGUACAGUGUUUGUUUGCCGUUAACCCAAAACCUUCAUUUACUAAAGGUGUUGGGCUAGCGACUUACAAAAUCUGUAGGAUGCUAUGCCAGUUGAAUCUUACCUGAAUACUAACUGUGACUCAAACUACUUGCUUCUUUGGUAGAUGCAAUCACAAGUUAUCAUAAGAUUUCCUUUGCAUGUCAUUUCAUGAUUUAUUAAUUUUAAAUUCUUGUCACUCUCAUGGUGUGUUUUCAAGCGUACUAUAUCAUUAAUUUGUAUUACUUUAUGUAAAGCAUUUAUUCAUUUUAACUUGUAUUGAGAUUUUCACAAACUGGCAUACAUUUUAAAGUUAACUGCUUUUAAUUACUUUGUUUGAUCUUGUGUUAUUUUGAAAUCUUAUUUUGUCAUUUGGUCUAAGAAUGAUGAAACCUUAUCUUACAGAUGGUAUCUUCUAGAAACCUCAGCUUCUGUUUUGACAGAAAAGAAUUGAUUGAUUGAUUUUAGAUCUUUGUAAUUGUACCCUCUAGCUGAUGUAAAUUUUGCUCUUGUGAAAUAAAUAUUUCAUAAUUUUAAUUUUUGCUUUUGUUGUUUUUUUUUUCCGCUACUAAAGAUACAAGGAUUUCAAGAAGCAAGGGAGACAUUUGGAAGAGUUCAGAAAUAUAAUGGCAUGUUAGACUGCUUCAGGAUUAUUCUUAGGGAAGAAGGUGCUUUUGGUUUUUUCAAAGGACUGGCUCCAAGUACACUUAAGGUGAGAAGGAUGCAGCCAUUAUCUCUUUACUCAUAUGGGACCUCUCUCCAUCCAGGAGAAUGACUGGGUUGCAGCAAAUUAACAGCAAGGCUUGUGGAAAUGCUGAAGGGUAACUUGAGGUGGAUUAGCAUACCACCAGAAGAAGUAAAAUACCACCAGUUGCUUCAUGCUAAGCAAACCAUAAUUAACUCUUAAACUCCCAAGAUCUCAUUAGUAAUUCUCCUUACUGUCUGCCAUACAGUUCUUGUCAUGUUAGUUUUGAGAAAUCGGUGCUAGAUCAGCUAAUAAUCCUCUAACUGAUAUUUUUCUUUAUUCUCAUCACUUGUCUACUUGAUAUUGUACUGAUAUUGUAAGGAGAAAUUCUGUCUUGGUCAUUUUUGGGAGUUAAAGGGUUAACUCUUAGACCCCUAAGAGUGACUAGCUUCUAAUUUCUCCUUAUAAUAUCACCCCUGAAUCAAACUUGAAGGAAAUGAUUGCUAACUAGAGCCACUCCUGACUAUUAAACAAAUUCUCCUUGUCAGCACCUUAUGUAAUAUAUUGAGGACAGUAUGAAGAAUACACAUACUGAUCUUGGGGUGUAAAGGGUUAACUCUGGCCAGAAAGGGUCCUUAGUUCCUAGGCAAACUCUACCUUACAACAAAAUAUCUUGUUUGUUCUAUUCCAGGCUGGUUUGUCUGUGGCACUCAUUUUCUGUACCUACGAACAAUGCAUUAUGCUUGUGAGAGAAUACUUGCAUGAUGACAAUACACUGGAAUCAACCAGAUGACACCAAUAGGGUGACCAAAUACUAGACUGAAUGCUCU